CAGAUGAACCUGAGCGUGUCUGUUUCCGCGUGUCCAAUGCGCUGAGAUCCUGAGUCACAGCGGUCGUGCUUUGUGUCAGUGCGGAAAACGAGCAGCAAUAUCAAGCGCUUUUCCCCCCAAGGAGUGAAAUGAGUCUGUAGGGUCGAAUUUAUGCAGGAUGAGGAAUGUGACAAGUGCGGGUGAGUUAUUUGCACACACCUGGACCUUUCAUUUAGGGCAUAAUCUGCCCGAGAAUUUGCGUAGGAGGAGAAAAUCCGGCUUUGCUAUGGGAAUUAACAUACAACGACGUUAACUUGGGCUGUCAAAACGAUACUGUAACCGAAGCCUUUUGGACCGGCACCGGCAGAAAUCGGGAUCAUGGGACAGAGAAAGAGGGCGAGCCUGAAAGGCACCCUGGCCAGCGGGACCUCCGACGGGGCCGCUGCCGGCCUGCACAGCUCCGUCAAGCACAACGUGUGCAUGGUGUCCGACUUCUUCUACCCGAACAUGGGGGGCGUCGAAAGCCACAUAUACCAGCUUUCGCAAUGUCUGAUCAAGAAGGGGCACAAGGUGGUCAUCGUCACCCACGCGUAUGGGAACAGAAAGGGAAUCCGGUACCUCACCAACGGCCUCAAAGUCUAUUACCUGCCACUGCAGGUGAUGUACAACCAGUCUACAGCUACCACAUGCUUCCACAGCCUACCUCUCCUCCGCUGUGUCUUUGUCCGAGAAAGGAUCACGGUGGUCCACGCGCACAGCUCCUUCUCAGCGAUGGCGCACGACUCGCUGUUCCACGCCAAGACCAUGGGUCUGACCACAGUGUUCACAGACCACUCGCUGUUCGGCUUUGCCGACGUGAGCUCGGUGCUGACCAACAAGCUGCUGACCGUGUCCCUCUGUGACACCAACCACAUCAUCUGCGUGUCCUUCACCAGCAAGGAGAACACCGUGCUGCGUGCUGCCCUGGACCCCAUGAUUGUCUCCGUCAUUCCCAACGCUGUGGACCCCUCUGACUUCACCCCAGACCCGUCCAGAAGGGACGACACCAAAAUAACAGUUGUCGUGGUUAGCCGGCUUGUCUACAGGAAGGGAAUAGACCUGCUGGGUGGAAUUAUACCCAACCUGUGCCUCAAAUACCCUGAUCUGCAUUUUUUAAUUGGUGGAGAGGGACCCAAACGGCUAGUACUGGAGGAGGUGAGAGAGAAGUACCAGCUUCAUGACAGGGUCCGUCUCCUUGGAGCUCUGGAGCAUAAGGAUGUGAGGAACGUCUUAGUCCAAGGCCACAUCUUCCUUAACACAUCGCUGACGGAGGCCUUCUGCAUGGCCAUCGUAGAGGGCGCUAGCUGUGGACUGCAGGUGGUGAGCACCCGUGUAGGGGGAAUCCCGGAGGUCCUCCCUGAUGAUCUCAUCACACUGUGUGAUCCCACUGUGAGCUCCCUCUGCAAGGGCCUGGAGAUGGUGAUCGCCCGACAGCGGGCAGGCACGGCGCCACACCCCGCAGCGGUCCACGCCCGCGUGCGCACCCUCUACACCUGGAUGAAUGUAGCCGAGCGUACCGAGAAGGUCUAUGACCGAAUCGCCACGGAGACAGUCCUGCCCCUGGAGCAGCGUCUCCGCCGGCUAAGGGCACGGUGCGGUCCAGUCGCAGGCUCCAUCUUUGCCUUCGUCGCCGUUCUGGACUUCCUGUUCUUGCUGCUGCUUCAGUGGCUGGUUCCAGACUCGCUCAUCGACGUCGCCAUGGACGCGUCUGGCCCGAAGGGGCUGUGGACACAGAACUCAAGCAGGGACAAGAACAUUAAGCCAAAGUACCAGAAGAGUGUGGGGUCCAGUUAGCAGAGUCCUCUGGUCUGGAGCACUAAACCUCUAAUACUGCUAUGCUGCUUGUUAAUACGUAUCAUGUUUUUAAAGACGGUUUUAAAGGGAAAUGGCUUUUGUUUUUAUGGGGCUUGAUCGAAACCUUUUGCAAAUGCAUUGUACGGAUUUGCACAGUUUCUUUGUCCAUUAAAAAUGAGCUGUUAUUUCUAGUUUGCAGGAGUU